AUGGAAAAGUUAUUACAUUGGUCAAUUGCUCAACAAGCAGGGGAUAAAGAGGCUCUAUCUAAAAUAGGUACACCAGAUCCUAAAGCUUUAAACCAACUAUUUGGAGGUCCAGAUGAAGCAUCUUUGAUGAAAGAAAGUGUAAUGGUUGUGGAAAACCCUGAAGUUUCUAAUGAAGAUAAAAUCAUUGCAUUGGAAAACCUCGAAAUGUUGAUUGAAAAUUUAGAUAAUGCCAAUAAUAUCGAAAACUUAAAGUUAUGGUUACCUUUACUUAAUAUUUUAGGCAAUGAUUCUUAUAAUGAUGAGAUAAGAACAUUGAUUUUGAGUAUUAUUGGUAUUGCUGUUCAAAAUAAUAAUAAAUCUCAAUCUGAUUUCAACAAAUACGAUCAGGGUAUUAAAUUAUUAAUUGAACUAGGUGAAAAAAGUCAAGAUUUAGAUCUCAAAUUGAAAGCUUUAUUCGCAAUUUCGUCGUUUAUUAGAGACUAUAAGCCUGGUUAUGAGAAAUUUGAGCAAUUAAAUGGUUGGAAUUUAAUUACGUUGGAUAUAAAAGAUAAUAGUCCUAAAUUAAAUCUUCGUGUUUUAUCUUUAAUAGCAUCAAUUUUAUCAAAUGGUUUGAGUCCAAAUACAGAAGCACAUCUUAGAAAGAAUAAUAUUGGUCAUAAAUUAGCUAUACUUUUGAAUGAUGAUGCACAUCCUAAUUUAAUCGAUAAAACAUUAAAUAUAAUAUCAAAUUUAUAUCAUUUGAAGUAUGAAUUUACACCAGAAGAGAAAUAUGAAAUAGAUGCUGGGCUAGAAACAAUUGAGGGCUUGAGUGAUAGAUUGAAUUUAGAUGAUUUGGAGACAGCAAAAAUGUCGGUAAGUAAAUAG